CGAGAAGACACUGCCAACGCAACAGCACAGCGGUCGCCCACCCAGGCUUUGACACCCCAGCGCCCAAUGUCCCAUUGACAGCCUACAGAGAGGCAUCCCAGGCAAAAUCCACCGCCCAGCCGCCAAAUCCGUCGCGCACAUAUAUAACGCUUUGACGAUCUGACGAACGAUCUGACGGUCUGUUCCUUCUUCUGUGGUUGCGUAUCUGGCCCCCAAUCUAUAACAGAACAAUGGGUAUCCUGUCCCGUAUCCGACAACGAUCGUCCAGUAUACAUCAUGAUACGUCAAGCCACGUAUCAUCCUUCCCUGCACCCCACUCUUCAUCCGCUUCAAACCUUCUCUCUACCCCCCGAACGCCUGGGACGCCUGGCACAAGCUACAACCCCAGCUCACCUGCUGCGGCUUCGAUAUCGUCCAAAAAGUCUAGACGGCCAUGGAAGAAGAGGGAAAAGUCGGAAGAUGUCAACUCAACCAAGUCUAGCUGGGGGAGGAAGAGUGUAGGCAAAGACUUGGAGAAGGAAAAGGAGACGGAGAAGGGGGGUGAUGAGAGUAUAGGUGGAGACUCGCAGUAUGCCGACUUUACGCCACCGCCCGUACCGGCUCUGUCACUCCCUGCGCUGAGCUCCAAAGAGGGUAAUCGUUCUAGCCCCCUAUUGAACAAGACGCCGUCAUCAAAAGGUGAUCGGGACAAGGGCAAGUCCCGCACUAAUAGCGGCGUCUUCAAGCAAGACGGAGGACUGUUAGGAAAGCUCAAUUUCGAGCGUGGCGACAGAGAACGAAAGGUCUCCAACUCUAGCUCUAUCUCCAAAGUGGAACCGGAACUCAAGCCGUCCCCGCCGAGACAAACAAGCGUGCCCGGCACGCCUUCAGAAGAAGGUGAAUCGCUCGUCGUGAUCGACAGCCGAGAUCUCACCCCGGAGAAGGACGAGAAGGCUCCAGAGUCCAAGCACCCACUGUCAACGUCCGUUAUGACCCAUGGUAGUCAGCAGGAGGAAGAUCCGAUGGAGGUGCUGGAGUCUGCUGAGAAGAAGCACAAGUUUUGGAAGAGUAAGGGAAAGGUCAAUAGACAUUCCAGAGUCAUGAGUGAAUCUCAAAUCGAGAGGCCUGAAUCGCCCUCUCCCGUCAAGCUUCCCACAUCGUCCACGGCCGACAAUUUGUCUAGCCAGGCGAAAUCGUCCUCCGAGUCUACUAGACCAGCUCGACCCCCGCCCCUCCGCAGACCAUCGUCCUCCUUUUUUGCCAACCCUUUCAACCGAUCAGUCUCCCGAGCAGGCGAAAGAUCCCCAGCUACUGACGAAGGGACUUUUCAGCUCAGAGGCUUUCGACACGUAUCAGGCAUGUCUGACGUUGAAGGCGCCGGCAAAUUGGAAGGCUAUCUUUCGCACGUCAAGCGCGAGUCGGUCUUGGCACUCAACAAGUCGACUACAUCUGUCAACGACAGUAUCCCCUCUCACUCACCUUCGGCCUACUCGGCUCCGCGCCAUUCGAGCUACGUUCCUCUAGCCAGGCCGCCCAGUGCUGCUCCGUCACUUGUCUCUCUUGACGAUGUCCUCACUAGCUCCAAUCGGGUCAGUGUUGGUGCAUUUCGAAAGGGUCUCCGACGGCCGAGUACUCAGUUGACGAGUACCAUGAGCGAUAUCGGGCACGGGGCGAGCCGGUAUGAUGAAGAUGACGACGACGUGCCCCUAGCUAUGCGUCAAGUCUCUCAGCCAUUUAUCCGACCAAAAAGCUCGCAAUCGCUGUCAAGCAUGCGAGGGCUUGGGUUGACCAAUGUUGGGGGCAUCGUGGGAUCGAAUGAGAUUGAGACUGUCGCGCAAGUUGCUCCCGAGCCUGGACAUCAAGAAGUGUCGGGGCGAGAGAUUGACAGGACGGAGAGUCCGGCUCUCAGUUUCCAAGUGCGACCACGAACACGGAACAGGACCAGCUCUGGCUUUGUAGUAAAGGGGAGAAGUCCGAAAAGCCCACCUGAGAGUUUGGCAAAAAGUCCAGCCGAUUCCUACUUUCCUGCCAUGGCCAAUGCGUCAGACUCUCUGCGUGCAAGCCCUGUACAAACCCGCGUCUCUUCUCCUGCCAAUGGUGAAAGUAAACCUGUCACGCCCCUGCCACGUUCCCCGGCAGAGGCUUCUGAGGAGGUCUACAGCACUCCCCCGACUGCGCCCAGACCUGUGCCUUUGCAUCUUUUGAAGCCAAAGCCUGAUUUCGGCGAGCAUGCCCUCCCCUCGCCCCUCGAUACGGCCAGGCAGCCUUCCCAAUACCUGAGUCGAUCUCAAGGGUCUCAAUCUGCUCUGAGAUCACCACCUCCUCCAGAGCCCCUCGGUCUGCCCGAGCCAGGACAGGUCUCUCCCACUCUAUCUACUCUCAACCUUCCUUUGCCGCCUGAUCAGAUGCCCGAUACACCACCAAAGGGUCCCGUACCUCUCCACCAGCUCUCUCUCCGCCAAGACUCUGGUGGUCCUCAGGCUACUUCUCCAAGUACGCAAAAAAAGCGACUGUCAUUGUUGGAAGAGCCAAUGCGGUAUCUGUCCGGUCUUUGGACAUCUCCGGGUGCUGGGGAGGAUGGAUUUGAUCCGGUAUUGGCGGCAAACUCUCUGAGAAUAUUUGGAGGUGAUGAAGUCCAGUCGCCGACCACAGCGGAUGAUAAGGACAUGGCGUUUGUCGACAGACAAGCGUCUCCGACGCCCGUUUCCGCGCCUGCUCCUAUUGCCGAGCGUGUAAGGUCUCCACUAUCCGAGCGGCUGGCGGGGGUGGCAGCUCUCAGCGCUUCCGGAUCCUCUGGAAACUUGGCAAAACCGGCGUUUGAAAAGCUCAAGACUGGCGAUGAUAUGCUUCAACCCCAGCGCGACACGGACGACGCAAAGUCACCUGCGAGCGAUGAUACUGCUACUCCCGUAUACCGACCCAGUCCCCGUCCAUUCUCUAGCUUUAUGAAGCCUUCCACUAGCAAGCGCGGAGAGAAUGAGGAAAGCGGCAGUGAGACCGAAGGCGAGCGUCCUGGUCCUUUCGUCCAGGAAUCCCGUCGAGUACAGUCUCUAUCGCUUCGCCAAUCCACCAGACGCGCCCCCGGAGGACCUCGACAUCCCAACCGCUCAAGCCGCAUUGCGUCUAUGCCCAUCACCACCACUCAGAUGGCGCGUAAAGAGUCCAUCGCGAGAAACAGUCACGUUGGGGACAGCGACGAUGACGACAAGUCGCUUCACGCUGUCAAGCGUCUUGUGUCCAGAUCCUCGUUGGCUGCGGGCAAGUCUCCCGUAUAUGGUCAAUCAGAGCUGCCUACACCACCAACGAGUAUUGCCAAUGCUAGCCUGAAGUCAGCUAGUCCGCCUGAGCGGCGUAGGCCUCUUAUCGAUAUGGGUCCUGCUGUACCCAUCACGCCUCGCUCCAUUGACGAGAGUUCCGUCGAAUCUGCUUCAAUUUCAAGCAGACCGCCCGACAGAUCUCAAACUUCGACCCCGGCGUCUGGUCAGCUACCUUCGCCAGUGAAGGCCCAAGUCAGGUUUGAUAGCCCUGCAAAGAGGCCGGCGAAUCCGCGAAGGACUACGGGCGGGAGUGACAAGAGUUCGAGGAAAGGCGAGAGUGCUGUGCGCAGGAGCAACAGUCGAGAAGCUUUGCAGAACGGCCAAGUAGGUACAAAUACGGCGUCACUUGACACUGCUGAUUGCCUUUGUAGGAGCGCGAUAGACGGGAACGCAGGAGGUCAGAAACGGGCUCAAAACAUCCAUCGCCUUAUGAUCCUCCUGUGCAAGCUCAAAUGGGCGCUCAGCCCAUGCCGGAAAUGCAGCAAAUGUCCCCAGAAGCUUAUCUGGCAUGGCAAAAGCACCAAUGGCAAAUGCAAUACCUAGCUGCCGCGUAUCGCGCCUCCGAGGACGAGUGGGAACGCCAAAGCGCCGUGUCAGGUUCUACAAACCAAGGCCCAUCUUCCCAAUUCUCACCUUAUUCCAUGCCCCCCAUGCCCAUGUUCAACCCAAACAUGAACAUGAUGAACACGGGAAUGUCUAUGGGCUACCCAGGGUUCCCACAGAUGCCUCAACAAAUGCCCCCGCAAAUGUUUAAUCCUUUCUUCGGGAUGGGUCAACUGCAACAUAUGCAGCAAGGAAACGGCGGUGGCUAUGCCUAUGGGAAGGGUGCGCAAUCGGUGUUUGGGGGCGAAUUCGGUCCGCCCUCGAAUAUGCCUUCUCAGCAGCGCCAGAUGAACGAGGCUAUACGGACGAGUUCCAUUGAUCAAAAUAUCUCGCCUCCUCGCAAGUCGCACAACGAUCAACGAGGCAAGACUAGAAGCACCUCGGCUCUCGGUAUGAGGAGACCGUCUGCUACAGAGCCAUCUCCUCCCAAGGAUCGACUGGCACAGCAUCCUUCUGGCGUCUUCCAGGGGUUACUGGCGGAAAGGGAAAAGGUCGAGUUGCGGGAGCAGAUGGAGCGAUCUGCACAGGAGAAUGUAGAGAAACAGCGUCGGGUGUCCAAGGAGGGCAAAGGUAGUGAGCCUAGACGAAAUACGCAGUCUCGUGUUUCACCACCGUCGAGCUGGAGUCGGCGGUCCGGAGAGUGGUCCAGUGGAGAACACGGAGCGAGUUCGCGGCCCGAUGGAGGCAGAGCUUCAAGGGCGGCUUGAUGAGGUUUUUUAAUGAUCCAUAGAUUUUUUCACGCAUGUCUGUAACGUAGAGUUUAGUAUUCUUUGAGCAUUGUUACUUGGAUCCGCAGCUGUAUACAUAUAACGAGUAGAACAUGGCAUGAUAUUGCAUCGGCUUGAAUUUGUGGGCGGGUCGAACGGAUAGGGUUCCCGUCGAAAGCACGGUCUUUGACAUGACCUCCGAUGCUGCAG